UUAUACCUUUUAUACAUUCAAAUAUAUUUAAUAAGAAUUACAAAAAUGUCAUUCUUAUCAAAUUUAAAGAAAGCAUUCCACUUUGGUGGAAAUGAUGCAAAAAAGAAGAAAUUGUACAAUAAUAUCAAAAUGGAUUGCAACCCAGAAGAAUUCUGGGAAAUGAUAGGUGAAUUAGGAGAUGGAGCAUUUGGGAAAGUUUAUAAGGCACAGCAUAGGCAAACUCAUCAGCUUGCUGCUGCAAAAAUGUGUGCAUUGGAAGGAGAGGAUGACCUCAGUGAUUUUAUGAUUGAAAUAGAUAUUUUAUCAGAAUGUAAACAUCCAAAUGUUGUUGAAUUACAUGAAGCAUAUUUUAUUGAGGGCAAACUAUGGAUGUUGAUAGAAUAUUGUGAUGGUGGUGCUGUUGAUUCCAUAAUGGUUGAGUUAGCAAAAGCUUUAACAGAACCACAAAUAGCAUAUAUAUGUCAACAUAUGGCCAAAGGUCUUGCAUUUUUACAUAAAUCUAAGGUUAUCCACAGGGAUUUAAAGGCAGGAAAUGUUUUAUUAACAAUGGCAGGGGGAGUGAAAUUAGCUGACUUUGGAGUGUCUGCAAAAAAUAAGCAUACUUUACAGAAACAUGACACAUUUAUUGGAACACCAUAUUGGAUGGCUCCAGAAGUAGUGUUAUGUGAGACAUUUAGAGAUAAUCCUUAUGAUUUUAAAGUGGACAUUUGGUCGCUUGGUAUUACAUUAAUAGAAUUUGCGCAAAUGGAACCGCCAAACCAUGAGAUGUCCCCGAUGCGUGUUCUUCUUAAAAUACAAAAGAGCGACCCACCAAAACUUGAUCAGCCUGGAAAAUGGAGUAAAGAUUUUAAUGAUUUCAUUGCAAAAGCUCUGAUAAAAGAUCCAACAUCGAGACCUACAGCUGAUGAAUUGUUGAAACAUCCAUUCAUAAAUCGUAAUCUGGAUUCAAAACCGAUUAGGGAUUUGUUAUUGGAAUAUAAAGCUGACGUUGUUGAGGAAGAAUUAGUCGAUGAGGAAACAGAGGAGCAACGCACGUCGCAGCUUCCUCUGGAACUGGAUCAACUCGGAGAUGAUUCUGCAUCUAUGCGCAGUGACGCUGAUGUUCAGAUUUCUGAAAAGGAAAAUCUUGUUGCAUCACCUGUGUCUACGAAAAAAGAAGAAAGCCAUAAAAGAGAGAUUAACAGAGAUGGUGAAAAGGAAGACAGAAAUAAGAAAUUACGUAAAGCAGAAUCAAAAGAUAACAUACCUAUUUCUGUUGAGAAGAAACAGGCCCCCAAACCUCCUAGUACAAACGAAACGAAUGAACGUAGAGUAUCACGAGAAAAAGGUCCUGCACCUCCUCCACCGCUUAUGCGCCAAAAUAGCAAAAUUGAAGAUAAGGAAAGCAUUUUGAAGAUUAUCGAUAAACAAAAUGAUGUAGAGUUGUUAAACGAGUGCAAGAUUAUUGAUAAACAGCAGCAACUUAAAAAUGAAUCAAUGCAAUCAGGCCAGGAAAUGGUAGGCAGGGAACAAACAAAUGUAGACAUGCUUUGUGAGAAGCCAUGCAUACCAACUAGUUUAGAAAAAAUUAUAUUAGAAAGCAAUGAAAGGGAGAAGAAUAAAGUAGAUGAUACGAAUAAAAGUAAUAUCAGACAAAGAUCGGUAGAUGAUAAAGUAAAUUUAUCAUCGAGAACACAAUUAACAUUAGAGGAGAAGAGGAAAUCGGCACCAGUUAAAUUAGAAUUAGGCGAAGACUGGACUAAACCAGUAUUUAACAAACAAUCAUCUUUAGAAGAAAAAAGCAGAAUUGAAAAGAAAACACAAAUUGACGGUAAGAGACAAUCUUCGCUAGAAGAAAAUUACAAGAGCUUACAAGAGAAACGAAAAUCUGUGGAACAAAAGUUAAAUGCGGUUUUAGAGAAACGUUUUUCAAUGGAUACUGAAAUGCGAAUGAGUGUUUCUUCUAUGGAGGCAUUAUCACACCGAGAAGUUCUAACUGGAAGCGCAUCGGAAAAGAAUAUUGUUAAAGCUUGCUCUACUGAAGAUGUUAAAACUGAUUACGGAUCUUCUAAAACAGAAUCUGUCAUUAAAAGUCAUAGCGAAGGAUCUUCCAGAUAUGUUUCUUUAGAGAAUUUUUCGGACGAAUUUGAUGGAAAAAGAGAAAAGAAAUGGCCAAGUAAAGAAUACAAUUACGAGAGUACCUCGAAUAACGGUGAUAGUGUGAAUUCCGAGAAGAAAGGUUCUUCGGUGAAUGUAUCAGUAAUCACUUCAACUCCCAUUAGAAGUAGAAGUACUUCUAGAAGAGGCAGCGGUGACAAUGUAGUCGUUAUUACUGGUAAAUCCGACCAAGAAAUACGUCCAAACACAUCAACCGUCCGGAUUACAGCAGAUAGUCCAGAUUUAUCGAAUAGUCUUGCGAGCAAUGUUAGUCAAGUAACCGUGGUAACGACGCAUCCACCGGUUCUUGUUGAUGCUGUGUCAUUGACAGCGCCUCUUUCUUGCCGCCAAGCUCCAACAUCGGAAGUUGUUAUUGUUGCAAAUGAAUUGAACAAAACACAAGUGAAUGAAAGUUCAACUGACGAUGAUGGAUUUCCUAGUUUAGAUAGUUUAGAGUACACACCACAAGAGCAACCCAUAAUUCUUACCGACUUUUCUAAAAGAAUUGGCAAGAAGUUAGACGAAUCCGAGGUUCUCAUUGUGAGUCCGAUCGUAGAUGAAUUGCAGGAUACUAGUCAUGUUUCCGUUGUUACUGUCGGCGAUGAUAAGGAGCAAGUGAAAGAUUCCUCGGUACUUAGUAAACACGAGGCCGUACGAACUUCUUCCUCUCACAGUGAUGCUAGUUUAAUUGAAAGGUCGAGUACAAAAAGCGAUAGCGGGGAUGAAAUUACUAAAAUGUUAAUUGCUGGGACGAUUGUAGAAUCUAUAGAUGAUGUGGAAAGAAGCUCAAAAAAGAUGAAUGGUCUAUUAAAAAACGACAAAUCUGGAAUAGUUGGCCAUAUCGAUGAUAAAGUGUUAAAAACACUUAAACAGAAGGAAGCAAAUAAAGGAUACAAAGAGAAGAGAGUAUCUCCGGAUAGUUUUGAAGGUUCUAGGUCUCAAAGUGAAUCCGGAUCGACGCGAUCACAUACUCCGAGCAAGAGUAUGGAUCGUUCCGAUGCUGAAUCCAUUUCUACCACUAUAAGUCAGGAUAGCAGAGAAUCCAGCAAGGAGAAUCAUGUAAGUCAAGGACAAUCCACGGAAGUGGAUGAGGAAGUAGUAUUGCGACGAAAACCUGAUUAUAAUCGUGACAUUCCACGACCAACAAAAACGAAAGAGGAUAUUCAAAUGAUGAAUUUGAAGAAAAAGACGAGAAAGCGAACUAGAAAAUUUGAGAUCGAUGGUGUCGUAGUUACCACGACAACAUCAAAGGUAAUUUAUGGCGAUGAUGAAAACGGCAAAGUUUACGAUGAUCAAAUCUUUAGAAAGCAAGAACUAAGGGAAUUAAAGAUGCUACAGAAAAUGGAGCAAAAACAGUUUCAAGAUUUAUCACAGAAGGCUCAGUUUAACAAGGAUCAACAAGAAAAGCGUUUUGAACAGGAGAGACAAGUCUUAGAAAGAAUCAUUGAAACUGAUUUGGAAACGUAUGCUCGGCAACAGAGACAGCAGAUCGAACGGGCGGAAGCGCAGUUGGAGGCCGAGCUUAGACUCACUUCGAAAAAGAUUCGUAGUGAGCAAGAAAGAGAACUGAAACUAUUUCGUGAAGGAUUGAAGCAGGAAUUGAAACUACUUAAACAAGAGGUAGAUUUAAUGCCGAAAGAUAAGAGGAAGAGUGCAUUUAAAAUACGCAAAGAGAAAUUGGAGGCUGAACACGAAGAAAGGGAAAAACACUUUUUAGAUAAACUUAAUGAAAGUCACGAAUUAUCGUUAAGAAGAUUGUCCGAUAGUCAUCGUCAAAGAAUUGCCCUAAUGGAAAGGCAAUAUUUACAGCAGAAACAACAACGAAUGAGAACUCAAGUAGCAGACAUUUGGAAUCGAGAAGAACGGCAUAUCCAUGAAAAGCAACAACUAUUAAAGAAGCAGUUAAAGGAUAUUUUCUUUUUACAAAGACACCAGAUGCUAAUACGUCAUGAAAAGGAAUUGGAACAAUUGAAGAGAAUGAAUCAGCGAAAGGAAGAGGAACUGAUUAAACGACAGACAGUGGAACGUAGGAAUUUACCAAAAAGAAUUCGUAACGAGAUGAAGGCACGCGAAAUGAUGUUUAGAGAAUCUAUGAGGAUUUCUAUGUCUUCGGUUAUCACACCGGAUCCUGAUGCUGAGAGGGAAAAAUUGAAAAAAUUCCAAGAGAAUGAGAAAAAGCGAUAUAGGGCCGAACAACAGAGAUUCGAAUUAAAGCAUUCACGGCAAUUGGAAGAGGUAAGAGCACAAAGUGAUGCCACUAUCAAAGAAUUGGAACAAUUGCAGAACGAAAAAAGAAAAAUGUUGAUGGAGCAUGAAACAUUGAAACUGAAGGAAUUAGAAGAAGCGUACAGUAAAGAGCUUCGUGAAUGGAAAGCGCAACUUCAGCCACGAAAACAGAAAUUGGAAGAACAGUUUGCGUUACAGUUGGAAGAACAAGAGGCGAUUUAUGGACCAAGCGCUGUACCAUUGUGCUUACCAGCAGAUCUUACCGACUUGACACAUCAUACGACUGGUUCGACGCGUAGUUCGCUUUCUUCGGUGAGCGAGGGUUAACGUCUAAUUAAUCUGUCAUAGGAACCAAGUGAUUCUCUUUCUUCGUAAGAAUGACAAAUGAAUUAAAUAAUAGCGCUGAAAAUGUUGAGAGAUAAUUUGAAAGUUAAAUCACUAGCUCUUUAUACGACUAUUUGAUCGUUUGAGUUUUGAGGCUAGCACCGAUAAUUAAAACUAAGUUUUAUUAUAACAAGAUCUAUGACAUAAGACACGAUAGGUGAUGCAAGGCGCACAAAGUGGCGAUUCGGCAAUCGCUUAUAUAUGGAAUAGAGAAUUAUUUUCUUCAAUUUGGUCGGAUUCUAAUAACGGUUGAUCGAUGAAAAAUUGUGAUUUGUGAGCAUUACUUUGCAAUCAUACGCAUGACUAUUCGAUAUUGCCGAAUAUUGAAAUGACAUAUCAAAAUUUUGUUAAUUUCUAGCAGCAAAAAGGAAAAUAAGAACAGCAGAAAGUCAUUGUUUUUCUCCUACGAUAUAUUUUAUAUGUAUUGUCAUAUACAGAUGAAACGAAUUUCUUAUGAUGAUCUUGUCGAAAAUAUACUCUUUGAUAUAGUCCAUGCAAUCCACCCGAUGAUUGUUUCUUCAGAAA